AUUUAAAAGGGCGAGUGGACUGUUAUCGUACAUGCUAAAUACAAGCAUUCCUUUUCACUGUUCUUUAAUUUGGCUGAGUCACAAGCCUUGCCCGUUUGUAACAAUGGAUGCAUCCCUGUCAAGGCUAUAUGCACGUGCCCUGGACACGCCUUCAGGCAAAUGUUUUUGCCUGGUUCGUUGGGGCCCUGACGUGGAUGAGUUUGGUUUCGAUGUUACACUCCUACACGCUCGCAGCAUGAGGACCUUUGUUGGCAAGGGACUCAGGGCUCCUACCCGCUGGAUUAAACCGGAUUUGUGGAUUCCGCUUGCCCAGCGGGCUCUUGCUUGCGAAGGACAACCAGCUGAUGUCAACUUCCAGUUCAACCCGGAUACUGGGGCGCUCUACUGGACCUGGUCGCCCCAGGCUGUUGGCAUGGACACGGCCGCGCAGCAGAGCCUGUCCCUCACCCCGCUGCCCCCGCCGGGGGAGGGGCAGGGCCAGGGAGGGCCGCUGGAGGAGAUGCUGGGCACCGUGUGGGAGUCGUGCUACCGGCUGAUGGUGUGUUGUCGCCAGCUGGACUCCCAGCUGGCGGCGCAGUCGGGUGCGCUGGCGGGCUGCCGGCGGGAGCUGCAGGCGGCCGCGGAGGAACACAAGGGGGCGCUGAGGGAGCUGCAUGUUAAGUUCGCUCUGGUUCUUGACGCCAAGAAGGAGCGGCUGGUGGCGCAGCACACUCGCAUACAGCAGCUGGAGCAGCAGCUGCGGGCGGCACAGCAGGAGCUGGCGGAGGCGGAGGCUCUGCAAACGGAGGGGGAAGAGGAGGCGGAGGAAGGGGAGCAGCAGGGGCAGGGACAGGCGGAGGCGGAACAGCAGCGGCGGCAGCGGCAAGGGCAGGGCCUCCUCGCGGGACUGGGACCGACCACUGCCACCACCGCCACCACCACCGCCCAACCCGCUGCUCCGCUGCCGAGGACAGCCGCACAGGCAGCAGCAGCAGCAGCAGGGCAGGAGGAGGCGGUGGUGGCAGGUGGUCCGCGCCCCGCACCCGGGCUGCCCCCACCUGCCGCACCGGCCCCCGCAGACCCCAUGCAGGUGGACGGGGGGGAGCAGCGCGGGGGCGGGGGCGGGGGCCACCCCUUCCAGCCGGGG